GCAUGUAUGCGCACAUUAAUGAUGUUUAUUAUGGUGCUCAUGAUGAUGAGCACUAUUGGCAUAGAUUCAAGUGACUCUUGUGAUCUUGAGGGUAAAUUACAUAGUUUGUAGUGUACUUCUUAAACAAAUUACAUGAGAUACUCAUCACCUCAGGACUCUGGCCUUGUACCAACUUCUUUUUUCUGUUCAUUUAUUCCUUAAAUGAUGAAUUCCUAUCUCAUGACUUUAAAUACCAUCUGUUCAUUGACAAUUUCCAAUUUUUUAUUUAAGCAGUGACCACGCCCCUCAACCCUAGAUUCCUUAUACUUAGCUUCCCACUCCAUACUUUGAUUUGAUGACUCGAUAAACAUCUGAAUACUGUUCUACUCCCACAAGUUUGGCCAUCUUGAUUUAGGGGAGAUUUUGUUUUUUUAUAACAGGUCUCACUACAUAGUCCAGCUGGCAUUGAACUCAGGAUCCUCUUGCCUCAGAUUUUCAAGUGUGCACCCCCAUGUCAGUUCAUGUCUUAGCAGCAGCUCCACUCUUGGUUGUUUUACCCCUCUUCUCACAACCCACAAACAGCCCACAAGUGGAUUCUGCUACCUUUGCCUACAAAAUCCAACCCAAACUGGACUGCUGUUCCCCACCUUCAGUUCCGUCUGCCUAGUUAAGUAGAUAGCUGGUGCUGUCAUUUCAUCUAAACUAGUUCAACAGCCUCCAUAGUAUCCUAGAUUUCCUCUGUCCUGUACAGCAGCAGCCAGAGGGUAACUCUCCUGCAGAGAACUUUCAUUGUUUUACUUGCUGAUCUCUUCCCUUCCCGCCCUGCCACAUCUCCCAGUCAGCCGCAUUUUCUAAUAUAUUUGUUAAUUCUUUGAGAAUUUCAAAGUCUGGCCCUCUCGUCCUUCAGCCUUAACUCCUAUCUUUCCCUCACACAACACCACAAUUCUGGAGCUGGACCAGUCAUCCAAGACAGAAUCAGCUGUGGAUCCAAGGAAAGAAGGCUUGCUAAAGCACCCUUCAAACAACUGACAAGUUGUUGAAAUGGCAGGUGAAGAAAUGAAUGAGGACUAUCCCGUAGAAAUCCAUGAAUCUUUAUCAGCCCUGGAGUGCUCCCUGGGUGCUGUGGAUGACAUGCUGAAGACCAUGAUGUCUGUCUCUAGAAACGAGUUGUUGCAGAAGUUGGACCCACUGGAGCAAGCAAAGGUGGAUUUAGUUUCUGCAUACACAUUAAACUCCAUGUUUUGGGUUUAUUUGGCAACCCAAGGAGUUAAUCCGAAGGAACAUCCAGUGAAGCAAGAAUUGGAAAGAAUCAGAGUCUACAUGAACAGAGUCAAAGAAAUAACAGACAAGAAAAAGGCUGCCAAGCUGGACAGAGGUGCCGCCUCGAGAUUUGUCAAAAAUGCGCUCUGGGAACCAAAACGGAAAAACACACCAAACGUUGCUAAUAAAGGAAAGAGUAAACAUUAACUUUUUGGUUUUGAUGGACAUGUUUCCAAAAAGUACAUCGUUUUUUAUCAGUUUACAAAAUAGGUAGUUAUGUGGCAAUGUGAGGUUUAAAUGGAUUCCUUUUUGAAUUCAUAUAUAAAUUUACACAUUAAAUUUGUGAUACUGAAUCUUUUUUUGCUGAGAAAGAUUAAGUUGUCAUUAUUGAUUUUCAUAUAGAGCAUCAUGUUUUUAAUAUUGUAAGAUAUUCUGUAAGCAAUUGUGAAAUCCAAAUGUUCUUUGUAAACAUUUGUAGUGUUUUAAGUGAAUAAUGAUAUUAUGAAAUGUGCUGUCUGGAGACUGGAGUUAUCAGGACAUCUGUUUCCACUAAUGAUGAUAAAUGCAAUGACUUAAAUACCCACUUUGUUUUCUGUUUAGUUAGUUCAACAUGGUUCUGUGAUUUUUGGAGUAAUUGCUUUCUUGAUAUUCAAAGUGCAGAAUUGAAACCUUAAGACUGUCCUGUAAUUCUUCAUGUUCCAUUUACAAUAAAACGUUCUCGUUACCACUGGUGGAAACUGA